CGUUUAAUCCACGCAAAGUACUGAGGAGAAGAAGAGUGCGCGAGAAGACGAAGAAGAGCAGCAAAGAAAUUAUCUGUUUCUGUGCAGGUUAAUUUAUUUACGAACUCAGAAACCAAAGCAGGAGAAGACCAUGCUGAGAGCGUGUCUGAGAGGGGCUAAUGCUACCGCCCGGUAGUGCUUCCAAAGUGGUUGUUGCUGGCUUGCUGACAGUAAGUGGUGGCAUUGGAGGGACCGUACUCUACGCCAAAUGGGACCAUAAGUUCAGAGCAGCGGUUGAGAAGAACGUCCCGUACUCAGACUGGCUGCUGGGUUUGGCCUUGGGACCCGCUGCCCAAGAUCCUGGCCUCCCCAUAAAGAAACGGGUGGAGUUGGCCCAGCCGCCCUCUAUGAUAGAAAAACAAGUGAAGAAGUCGGCGAAGAAGGAGGGAGCCGAGGGUCCGGUCAAAGACUCCAGCCCCGCCCCCAGUCAGCCUGCACAGAGCCUACAGGCCCCAGCAGAAGCCUCUCAGGAGGCCUCAGCAGAGGCGACUCAUAUCAUCUCAGCCAUCGGUGAGGUCCCAUCAGUCCCUGCUCCAUGUGACACAGAGGCAGCAGCAGUCAAAGAGUGCAAUGAGUGCCAUGAACACAAGGAGGCGACAGCGGUCCAUCCUGCACCCACAGAACCAAUGAAAGAGCGUCCAGUAGAAGAAGUGGCUGCUAGACUUGCUCAACAAGAGCAGGAGGAACAGGAUAUUUCAGCAUCGGUAUCAGCCAGUCUUGAAGACUCACUGGCGAGCUCAGCCAAAGCUACUCUGCAGGCCAUAGGAGCGCAAGAAGCAGCCCUGCAGGCUAUCAUGCAGCACACAGACAAACUGAAGGAGGCUAUGGAAGCAGAGGUUCUUCCUGAGGAGAAGUCAAACCAGUGGAAGGACCUGGAAGCUGCUCUUGCUGAUAGAACCACGGCUUUGAACGAUGCCAGAGCCGCUCUGUCGAAAGCCAACGAGUCCUUGGACAGUCUCAGGUCAGUGAUUGACGAGUCCAAAGGGCUGAAGAUAUCCUCUGUUCGCCCGCUGGUUUUAGCAGCAGAGGAGAAUCUCCAUAACAUGGUUGUGGACUUGGACAAAAUGGCCAUGAAGGUUCAGUCUGCAGAGUCAGAGGCUAAGAUCGUCUCCCAGUACAGUGAACUGGUUAACGAAGCCAAACGACAGUUUCAAAGGGAAGUCAGCAGUCUCACUCCAGAGAUCCAGGCCAACUGGAAAGGGCUCACUGGUAAACUGUCCACAGACGACCUCAACGCUCUGAUCGCCCAUGCACAUCGUCGCAUUGACCAGUUGAACCGAGAGCUGGCUGAGCAGAAGGUCAGAGAGAAGAUCCACAUUGAUGCAGCGUUGGAGCAACAGAAACUCGAGGACCAGAAAGCUCUGGACAACGCUGUCAACACUGCCCUGCAACAUGUCAAAGAAGAUUCCCGGCUGGACCAGGAGAGGAAGCUGGCUGAGUUAAGAGAAGUGAUGGAGGCAGAGAUGAGGACUCAGCUGCGGCGGCAGGCAGCAGCUCACACAGACCACGUCCAAGAUGUGCUCAAAGUCCAGGAGCACGAGCUGAAAGCUGAGGCUGAGCAGGUACUGAGCAGUAAGAUGCUGGAACAGGAGACUCGCUACCGUCAGCUGACCCAGGAACAGCUCGACAACUUCACUUUGGACAUGAACACAGCCUACGCGAGGCUGAAGGGGGUGGAAGAAGCUAUAGACAGCCACGUGGUAGCAGAGGACGAGGCUCGUAAGGCCCACCAGCUGUGGCUCUCUGUGGAGGCUCUCAGUUACUCCCUAAAGACUGCUGAAGCCGACGUGCCCACUGUGCCUCUGGAGAACGCCGCUCAGGCUGUUCGCGACAGCUGCCGAGACAACGACUUUGCCUUGGCGCUGGCGUCGGCUCUUCCGGAGAAAUCCCUGCAGCGAGGCGUGUACAGCGAGGCCUCUCUCCGUGCCCGUUUCAACUCCUUGCGAUCGCUGGCCCGCCGCGUCGCUCUCAUCGAUGAAUCUCGUAACUCCUUGUAUCAGUAUUUCUUGUCCUACCUUCAAGCUGCACUGCUGUUUGAGAAGAGUCAGGAAGCUCCGCCUAGCCAGCUGAGCUCUGAGGAUUUAGAUCCAUUCAAGCUUCUGUCAUAUGCUAGCUACUGCUUAGAGCACGGGGACCUGGAGUUAGCAGCUAAACUGGUGAACCAGCUGAGAGGAGAGGCCAGGAGAGUAGUGGAGGACUGGCUUAUUGAAGCCAGACUCACACUGGAAACUAGGCAGGUAGUGAAUCUGCUGUCUGCUUACGCAAAUGCUGUGGGUUUGGGUACCACACAGGCGCCGUAGGUUGCCACAGCAACCGUUAAGGGAAAAAAUCUGCUAAAAGUCUUUUUUUCCAAGAAGUAUCAAAGUUCCCGAGUGUAGCUGGAAGUGGCUCAGGAGGAGCUUCAGCCUGAAUCCUUUGUGCAGGGAAGCAUCGGCAGUCUGCAGCACAGAAAGAUGGUUUCUUCCUUUAAAGUUACCUGAACCACAUAAAUGUAUUCCUCUGAAAGCACUAACUCACUGUGGCCACUUAUUUAUAUGAUACAUUCAAUGCACUUCUUAGCUUAGUCUUAUCAAUUCAGACUGCAGGUUUGGCCCAGCUAUUCGUCUCCAGCCCGUGUGUUAUGGAACCGUCAUCCUACGAAUUACAGUUGGAUAUUUGUGAAUACUGCACAUGUUAAAUAAAUCCUGGAAAAAAGAAAA